AUGCACCGAUUCAUUGAAGACUACGCUAUCUAUGCUUCGGUGGUAUAUGAAGUGCACGAGGUGGAAACUGGAGAAACGAUCGGAUCUGAGGAAGAUCAUGUUCAGAACGACCCGAUUGCACAAGUUUACGUCCCACCGGAACUGCAGCUGGUGGAACCAUUGAAUAAGAGGUGGAACAGGGCGCAGAAGGCCUUCACCGCCCUGAAAACCAAGAUCGUGACGGAUCCAAUUGUCCGCCACUUCAACGAGACGAGAACGCCGGUAGUUAUUGUAUAUGGCAGUGAUUGGGCGAAAUGUGCUUCAUUGCGCAAGAACACGACGGGAUCUGUCAUCCGCCGCACCCUGAAGACGAAUGAGUUGAAUUACAAUGUGACCGAAAAGGAAGUACUGGCACUACUGAGGAUUCUGGAUCUCUACUACAAUUUAUUGGUGGGAGGCGAGACCCGGGUCCUAACGAGGAAUUCCACAUUAGCCUGGCUGUUCAAGUCGAAAGGAUUACAGGGUCGCAUAUGGCAGUGGUCAGCUCUCCUGGCCCCGUGGACGCUCGAGAUUGCUAAGUGCACGACAGGCGAGGACGAGAUACUGGGGGCGAUCGCUGACAGCAUCACGCCGAGGAAGGAAGCUAAACGCCGGCCCCAAACGCCGAUACCCACCGUAGAUCCGGAAGAGGAGUUAUGGGUGAUCAGCUUUGAUGGAUCGGCUCGAGUGAAGCGUGGCGGAGACACGUUCAGCGCGAUUUCUGCCCGAAUGGGAGGUGGUCAAAGCCAGAUCGGGCUAUCUCGAGAGCUUCAUCGUGAACAAACGGAAUACAACGGUCUGAUCCUGGGACUCGACACGCUAGAGGACCUAGCCCGCAAGCGCCUAGUGAUCGGUGGUGAUUCCAACUUAUUGAUUCGAGUGUUCGGGGCGAGAUCGAUUGCGAAGCACCCGGGCUCGCACUAUUGA